GGCCUCGGCCUCCACGUGGAUGCUGUGAAACCCGCGACCGGGCAUCAUGGCGGGAAUMGAGACUGGAACCCCAGUGGGAGCUGAGGCCCCGCAGCCUCAGAAGCGCUACUACAGGCAACGCGCCCACUCCAACCCUAUGGCGGACCACACGCUGCGCUACCCUGUGAAGCCAGAGGAGAUGGACUGGUCUGAGCUAUAUCCAGAGUUCUUCGCCCCACUCACUCAAAAUCAGAGCCAUGAUGACCCAAAGGAUAAGAAAGAAAAUCGAGCUCAGGCCCAAGUGGAAUUUGCAGACAUAGGCUGUGGCUAUGGUGGCCUGUUAGUGGAACUAUCACCACUGUUUCCAGACACUCUGAUUCUGGGUCUGGAGAUACGUGUGAAGGUCUCAGACUAUGUACAAGACCGGAUUCGGGCACUUCGCACAGCCCCUGGAGGUGGCUUCCAGAACAUUGCCUGUCUCCGUAGUAAUGCCAUGAAGCACCUUCCUAACUUCUUCCGCAAAGGCCAGUUGACAAAGAUGUUCUUCCUCUUUCCUGAUCCACACUUCAAGCGAACAAAGCACAAGUGGCGAAUCAUCAGUCCCACACUGCUGGCAGAAUAUGCCUAUGUACUAAGAGUUGGGGGGCUGGUAUAUACCAUAACUGAUGUGCUGGAGCUACACCACUGGAUGUGCACCCAUUUUGAAGGGCACCCCUUGUUUGAGCGUGUGCCUCUGGAAGAGCUGAGUGAAGAUCCCAUUAUAGGACAUCUAGGCACCUCAACAGAGGAGGGAAAGAAAGUUCUACGUAAUGGAGGAAAGAAUUUCCCAGCUAUCUUCCGAAGAAUACAGGAUCCUGCCCUCUAGGCAUUGACCCCCAAUUCUACCCUGCCUGGUCACUGACUGCCUACCCUACCUUAGCUGAACCCCAUCUUCCAGGGACAGGAAAGAAGAUCAGGCCUCUUCCAAAGAGAUUGGGCCUUCCCACCUGAGCCUGGUGGGGCUGGGAGACUGCAUUCUCUCCAAAAGUUGGGGAGGUGCUAGUGUUCUCACUUUCUAAUUCAUCCAAUGCCAGCAGAAAGCACAAGCAGAUAACUGGGAAGGACAAAGGACCUUGGCCGGAGGAGACCUUUGGAAGGGUGUAGGGUCUUGUCCUCCUGUAGUACUCCCUGCUCCUUGUGGGGACUCUCCUUAUGUGGGAUGCGGAAUGCAAUGUCCCACUGUCUAAACUCUCUACUCAGCUCAAA